AUGGCGGCGGAGCGGCAGGGCCCCGGCGGCGGCGGCGGCGGCGGCCGAGGCGGGGCGGCAGGCGGCGGCGGCGGCGGCGCGGAGGAGAACAAGGAGAACGAGCGGCCGGCGGGGCCGCGGGCCAGCAGCCUCGGCGACAGCCUGGGCCUGGAGAUCCUUCAGAUUGUGAAGGAAUCUCAACAGCAGCACGGCUUACGACAUGGAGAUUUCCAGAGGUACAGGGGUUAUUGCUCCCGUAGGCUAAGGCGGCUCCGAAAAACUCUCAACUUCAAGAUGGGAAACAGGCACAAGUUCACUGGGAAGAAAGUAACAGAAGAGAUUCUUUCAGACAACAGGUAUUUGCUGUUGAUCCUGAUGGAUGCAGAGAGAGCCUGGAGUUAUGCCAUGCAGCUUAAACAGGAAGCAAACACAGAACCUCGCAAACGAUUUCAUUUGCUGUCUCGCCUGCGCAAAGCUGUGAAACAUGCUGAGGAGCUGGAGCGACUGUGUGAAAGUAAUCGAGUGGAUGCCAAAACAAAGCUGGAAGCUCAGGCCUACAUGGCUUACCUCACAGGAAUGCUUCGUUUUGAACACCAAGAGUGGAAGGCAGCAAUGGAAGCUUUCAACAAGUGCAAGACUAUAUAUGAAAAACUGGCCAAUGCUUUCACAGAAGAACAAGCUGUGCUGUAUAACCAGCGUGUGGAAGAGAUCUCUCCCAACAUUCGCUACUGUGCCUACAACAUUGGUGACCAGUCUGCUAUCAAUGAGUUAAUGCAGAUGAGACUGAGAUCUGGUGGCACUGAAGGUCUUCUUGCAGAAAAACUGGAGGCUCUGAUUACCCAAACUCGAGCAAAGCAGGCAGCUACCAUGAGUGAGGUGGAAUGGAGAGGAAGAACAGUGCCUGUGAAGAUAGACAAAGUGAGGAUCUUCUUACUGGGGCUGGCCGACAACGAAGCAGCCAUUGUUCAGGCAGAAAACGAGGAAACAAAGGAGCGUUUGUUUGAAUCUUUACUCAGUGAGUGUAGAGAUGCCAUUCAAGCUGUUCGGGAAGAUCUGAAACCGGACCAGAAACAGCGGGAGCACUCUCUGGAAAUGGAUUCUGGGAAGGUGUCCAACAUCCAGUACUUACACAGUUAUUUGACUUACAUCAAGUUGUCGACAGCCAUCAAGCGCAAUGAGAGCAUGGCAAAGUCUCUGCAGAAGGCACUGCUGCAGCAGCAGCGGUCAGAAGAGGAUGGCAAGCGUACACCACGGCCUCAGGACCUGAUUCGUCUUUAUGAUAUCAUCUUACAGAACCUUGUGGAACUGACACAGCUUCCUGGCCUAGAAGAGGACAAGAACUUCCAAAAAGAGAUUGGACUGAAGACACUAGUAUACAAAGCUUACAGGUGUUUCUUCAUUGCGCAGUCCUAUGUCCUGGUAAAGAAGUGGAGUGAAGCUCUUGUUUUAUAUGAGAGAGUGCUGAAAUAUGCCAGUGAAGUUCAAUCAGAAGCUGGAGCUUUUAAGAACAGCUUGAAGGAGCUGCCUGAUGUUCAGGAUUUGAUCACUCAAGUCAAUGCAGAGAAAUAUUCCUUGCAAGCAGCAGCUAUAUUAGAUGCAAAUGAUACUCAUGAGACAGAGUCUCCAUCUCAGGUCAAGGAUGGCAAGCCACUCUCGGAACGGUUUGAGACUUUUUGUCUGGAUCCUUCUCUUGUCAGCAAGCAAGUCAGCCUGGUGCACUUUCCUCCGGGGUUCCAGCCCAUUCCAUGCAAACCCUUGUUCUUUGACCUGGCCCUUAACCAUGUUGCUUUCCCACCUCUGGAGGACAAGGUGGAGCAGAAGGCCAAGAGUGGCCUUACAGGAUAUAUCAAGGGCAUCUUUGGAUUCAAAAGUUAACCAGGACCCCUCUGAGGAACGGAGGUUUUAUUCUGUAUUAAAGGAAAAGCUCCAAAAGGUUCUAGGACGUAAAUAUCUGCAUCUGAAACUGGCAGAGGGAGGUUUUAUCAUCUUCUUCCCUAUGUUCUGUGUAUGUGUCUGUGCAGUUACAUUCUCUCCCAGUGUAUUGAAGGCAAACAGUCUAUUCAGAUACAUCAGUACACUAUAAACAUCUGGAGCACAGAGAAAUUCCAUUCUGCUUGGAGAAGUUGGAGCUCACUUUGUGACCAGUGGCUCAUUCAGGGCCAGUACACGUAUACUUACCAUGGACCAGGGCAUAGGCAUAUCCUGAUGAUUUUUUUUUCCCCCACUGUUAUUUGACAUUAUGUUUUGGUAAUUUGAUCCAGAAACCUUCUGGGUGUGGUAGGGAAGCAGAGGAAACGGUAGAUGCAGAACUAAAACAGCAAGAUGAGACUGCCUACACAAUGGGCAUGAAACAAUAGCCAAGGGGGCUAAUUUUUCCUUCACUUUGGAUUCCCACUGUCCACUGAGAAGUAUAUAUAGUUGUGUAAAGAGAAGUCUGUUUAUUUUUUAAAAACAUAACAUUCAGAAAUGACAAAGCAGAACCUCUUUCCUUAUUGAUAAGGGUGAAAAGUACCUUACCAGAUGUCAAUGAUUAUCCCAACUGUGGUGGAAUAUUGCCUGAAUUUGUACUCUGGGUCAGUAGAAUCCAUCUUCAUUGAUAAUUUUUUGUUAAAUGCCUAAAUACAGUAUAGAACCCAUUCCUACAAGGCUUUUCCUGGGAAACUUAACUAUUCAUGGGUGGCAUUAGGAAUAGCUACUUGCUCUUCAUGGGAAGCUGGGUCUCUCAAUGUUUAUUUUGUCUCUGAUCUAAGCCUUGCCUGAAAGCAAGAUGAUCUUUUUCUAGAGUUCAUCUGCUGCUUUUUCCUCAUUGUCAGUCAGUAGAUAUACCUGAAAUGAGAAAUAAGCAGCAGAAGAUCAGUAGGUUGUUGAGUGAUAGAUCUUUUCUGUCACCCGAGCCAGCAUUUUUAUAAAGAGCCCAGGUGCUAUGGUGAUAGGCACUUUCAAAAUACAGGUAAUUCCGUAAUUGUGUUCAUUAACGAGGAAAAACAACAGCACAUGGGCAGAACUGUUCCUAAAUAAAGUAUUUGGAAGUUUCCACAAGCCA